GAACUGCGCGCUGUUUUUCGGUGGAUGAGGGGGCGUGGCCUGAAGUUGCAGCUCGCCUGCAGACCAGAACGGAGAGGUUGAGCACCAGCAACAUGGCAGCGCAGGAAGAAUUCUUUGCAGGCAUCACCAAGAUCCCAUACCUGCCCAGUGCCGGGCCUGGAGAGGUCAUGUGCUUCAAACACUAUGAUGCAGAGGAGGUGCUGAUGGGGAGGAAGAUGGAGGACUGGCUGAGGUUCUCAGUCUGCUACUGGCACACGUUCUGUGGAACUGGCGCUGAUCCAUUUGGCUCUCAGACGCUCCACCGGCCCUGGAACCAAGGGUCUCCGAUGGAAUCGGCCAAGAGGCGACUCUGUGCCGCUUUUGAGUUUUUCACCAAGCUUGGCGUCAAAUAUUACACAUUUCAUGACAGAGACAUUGCUCCCGAGGGCUCCACGCUGCAGGAGUCCAACAUGUACCUGGAUGAAAUAACCGACCUGGCCCUCCAGCUGCAGAGCCAGACCGGGGUCAAGGUGCUCUGGGUCACCUGCAACCUCUUCGCCCACCCAAGGUACAUGAACGGUGCGGCCACCAACCCCGACUGUCAUGUUCUGGCCUGCGCUGGUGCUCAGGUCAAGAAGGGCCUGGACGUUGCCAAGAAGCUGGGGGCAGAAAAUUUUGUGUUUUGGGGAGGAAGAGAAGGGUUUCUCUCCAUCCACAACACGGACGUUGCUGCUGAGCUGAAGCACAUGGCCAACUUCUUCAAAAUGGCUGUCAAGUACAAAGAGGAGAUUGGGUUGAAGUGUCAGUUUCUAAUUGAGCCGAAGCCUAAGGAGCCCUGCAGACACCAGUAUGAUUAUGAUGCGAUGAGUGUGAUCGGAUUCCUGCAGCACUAUGGCCUCGAGAGUCACUUCAAGUUGAACAUCGAGCCCAACCACACCACCCUGGCAGGACACUCCUACGAACACGACGUCGUCAUGGCCUCUGCGUUCGGCAUGCUGGGCUCGGUCGACUCAAACACGGGCUCCCCUGACCUGGGCUGGGACACAGACCAGUUCCCCAUGGACAUCAGGAACACCACCAUGGUCAUGAAGACCGUCGUUGAACAAGGCGGUCUGCAGCCUGGGGGCCUCAACUUCGACGCCAAGGUGCGCAGAGAGUCCACGGACCUGGAGGACCUGUUCAUCGCUCACAUCGGAGCCAUGGACGCGUUCGCCAGAGGGCUGAGGAACGCAGCGCGCAUCACCGAGGACGGGGUCGUGGCCGGUAUGGUGAAGGAGCGAUACUCGAGCUUCAGUCACGGUCUCGGGCGGAAAGUGGAGGACGGCUCUGCCACUUUAGAGGAGCUGGAGGCCUUCGUCAGGCAGAAUGGUGAACCCAGUGUCUCAUCAGGGAAGCAAGAAAAAUAUGAAUCUAUCUUCAACCACUACAUAUAAUAAAAAAAACCUGGCCUUCCUGUGUUUGCGAAUGACCUUUGACCUCAAACAAAAGUUGUGGAGAUGAAACACACAUAUUAAAACAUGUAGAGCACUAGAUUCAUCCCACUGGGAUUUACAAUUAUUGCACUCCAACUAUAAGGAAGUGUAACUAGAGACACUGUGUGGAGAUGGAAUGUCUCAGUAUCUGAGUUAUGGACUAAUUCAAUGUAACAUUUUUAAAAUGUUUGCGUGUCAAUAUUCAUCACUGGUGCGAUGAAAGUGUCACCCUGCGUUUGAUGUAACAAGGCAAUAUUCAUAUUGGCUGAUGACUAAUGUGAAAACAUGAUUAUGUAAUAAAACAUCAUGGGAUCGUA